CUAAGGUCGGUGGGGUCGCCGGUGGAUGAAAGGUCCACUCGCCAGAGCGCCGUCGGCAGCGUCGUCGUCGGCGGAUGGUUGCAAAAGGGCUGGUCUGAGAUUGCUUCUCGGCGUGUUAGGUGCUCCUUUGGCUCCCGUUCAUGUUGGUUUGAACUUCUUGAGUUGACUGAUUUAGUCAUAUUGCUAUCUAAAGUAAGGUCUGCUCGAUUGUGUUCAUCUCGUCCUAGUGACGACGCAUUAUGCCUAUCCAAUCCAGUUGGAUUGCUAUCCAAUGUUCGAGGUGGUUUAUCCACUGGCUUGGGAUUCGAAGAACCCAAAUAACUCGAGUCAUUGUUAUUGGUUAACACAUUCUAAGAAACCACCUAUCCUCUCCGAUGAUCAUGCCGCGUUUUCUACCAUUCUCAACGUCGGUGUUCUUUUGAGAUUUCUUCCGGUGACCGGAAACCGUCCCGACCACCACAUUUAUAUUUACCACUGCUUUUUGAAUUUCUCAUAAGUGAGGUAGUAAAUAAUAAUUAUCAGAGUUAUUGCUGCUGCUGUAAAUCUGGUCACUUUACUAGUUUUUACCGGUCAAAGUAUAAAACUUUUAUCCAAUGGUAAUUUAAAUCGUAGUUUAAUGUAAAUUGGUAGAUUUCCUUUUAUGCUCCCUAAUCAAUACUCUUUGUAGCUCCUGGAAAUUCUCUCAAUAUCAAUGCUCUUUCCCCGGAUCUGCCAUUUUGAGACGGGCCUUGUAUUUUCUCAUAAGUGGACCUAGCCAUUGAUUGCGUUGGUGUUUUUAAUUCCGUUAAUUAAGCCCGCAAUUAUCUUGGUUUUUAUUACUCAUUUUUCCUCCUUUCACUUUCCUUUUAUUAGCUAGGCGGUUUCCUUUUUUUUUUUGUCCUUUAAUUGCUCUUUUGAUUAAUUGGACCCUUUGAGGCAUUAGUUAGGCUUUUCCCUUAUUAAUUUGGUCUUUAAGUUUUGUCUUUUUUUUUAUUUGAAUUUCCCGUUUUUAGUCUUUCUAAAGAAUUCUCAGGGAUGGCUAGAGACUCAGUCAACUUCUAAGGUUAUGGACCCCUUUCAAUUGAUUUUGUUAAAUCCUAUUAUGGUAUUAUUAAUGCUUACUAAUAAUAUAUUGAUUGUCACAUGUUGUGGGGAUUUUCAAAUGGUCAUCAUGGACCCUACAUCGAGGAAGUCUUCUCUUUUUGGAACCGGAGCCAUUUCCAGGGAAGUUUUUUUUCUCUCUUCCUGUCCCGUGUCAGUUUCGUGUCUUUUCGCUCCUUGGAGCUUUAAUGGAGCUGCCCAUUUGUGGCAUAACAAGCUCUUUUAUCGGGAGUCCGGUUGCAUACGGGCUACCGUUCUUUAUUACUAUAUAUUUUGUAUUCCUGUUGUCCGGCCAUGCCCGAGGGGCUUAUCUUGGAUAAAAAAAAAAAAAACUCCAUCAAUAUAGACCAACGAAACACAACCAAGGAAUUGCCGAACCCUUGGGCCAAGGAGGGAAAAAGAAUCAUCAGCAAAUUUCUGAAGGUUCUGAAAGCCCAAAUGUAGAUGGGUCACUAAGUAGGCCCAUUAUCAGCACUACGACGUCGUUAUCUCAAACAACAAACUAGCCUUUCGCUUCUCCGCCUUCCCUCCCCGUCUUUUACAGCGCGCCUCCGUCUUCUUCGUCGCCGAUAUCAGAUUCAGCGGUAAAUCCCGAGUGAGAAGUACUUGAGAGAGAAGCUCGAUUGCUCGGAUUAUUGAUCCAACGGAGCUCAUCAUUGUCGCAAGUUGCAGAGAAGUCACAGGUCAGAUUGUGUUUCUCGGAUUAGUUACGCGGAUUAAAACUUCCGCAUCUGUUUCAUUUCGAGCAAUUCGUCGCCAUAACUAGGUCAAUUGUUUUCUGGAUUCGGGCGAUUGCUUAAAAUUUUACAGAUCGAUCCGAUUCUCUUCUGUAGAUUGACGGCCGAGGAGAAGAAUGCAGUUCUUCGGAGGCUCCGACAUCAGUCCAUCCCCGCCGGCGCCCACCGCGCCGGGGAACAAUGCGCACAUGAUCUAUGUAUUCAAUAGGAAUGGCGUGUGCUUGCUGUACAAGGAGUGGAAUCGGCCGCUUCACACUCUGAACGCGCAACAAGACCACAAGCUCAUGUUCGGUUUGCUCUUCUCCCUCAAGUCCUUGACCGCCAAGAUGGAUCCCACGAGUGCUGAGAAAGGGAACCUUGGGGUGCCUCAGUUACCUGGCCAGGGUUGUUCUUUUCACAGCUUUCGUACUAAUACAUACAAGCUGAGUUUCAUGGAAACUCCUUCUGGGAUAAAGAUAAUCUUGGUAACUCAUCCUAAAACUGGUGAUCUAAGAGACUUCCUCAAGUACAUUUACAACCUGUAUGUGGAAUAUGUUGUGAAGAACCCACUGUACACUCCUGGAACCCCUGUCAGUUGUGAACUUUUCAACACUGCUCUUGACCAAUACGUAAGAAGCAUCGCUUAAACAACCAUGCCUGCAUUGGAAGUAGCUGCUAUCUAGUUGUGGGGAAUCAUACAUCACCGCGGCUCUGCUGUGCCUAGAAAGAAGAAACAGGUAUGACUUUGGUUUUGAAGUACUUCCCUGGAGCAACCCCUUUCGAGGAUAGGAGUCAAGAAUGUGCUGCAGAUAGUUCGUCGAUACAUUUGACUUGAUGUACACGUUCCUCUUAAGACUAUUGUGCUGCUACUGAAAGUGGUAGGCUUGUUUGUUGUAUUUCCUUUGUGAAUCCAUUGUUCCCAGUGAAAUUGCUCUGGUUUCUUCCACCAACAGCUUGAAUCUAAUUGCGUGUUCUGAAUGCUGAUAGCACCAUCUCUAAGAGGUAGGAUGAGUAGUGUAAAAAAUAGUUGCCAUACAAGAUAGAUGACAAUUGCAUUUUUGCAAGCUUGCAUCUAAUAUAACUAUGGAUUGCAAUUUGCAAGUCACAUCAUUUUUUUAAUUAAAUUAUUUAUUAUUUUCGUUUUUUUAGUGUUUUAUACUUUUUAAAAUUUAAUUAAAAUAAUCAAUUGUAUUUGUAAAUUAAUUGCAUUGAUAUGGGUGCAAUAAAAAAAAAUAUGAAUUGAAUUGCAAAAAAAAGUUGAGGUGAGAAUAAUGAGCACAAAUGUACUCCAAUUACCAAUCAUAUUUUUAUAAAACUGUGCAUUUGUUCUGCCACCCACUCAAAUUGGAGGCACACAUUUCAAAUUCUUGAUGCCACCAGGAAUCCAGGAUCAUAUUUUUUUUUGUAAGGUUAUCAUAUUUUUUUCCAUGAAUGAUACAGACUAGACUACAGAGAACAGCAGGCUUCACGUUACUUUUUCCAUAGUGAUCUAGACAGGAUGAUUAAGAUAGCAUUAUAUAUGUUACUGAAAAACGACAAACAAGUCAGACAGACACCCAAGAAAGACGAUUAAAGAAAGAAAUUUGCAUUUUCAAAGAUGCAAUUUUGCUUAAACUACAAGAACUACAUGGACCCUCCAAACCACCACGAUUUUGUUUAUUAGCGUGCAGAAGCAGAACACCAUUACACCACCCUUUCGUUUCACAACCCUUUCGUUUUUGGAGAAUCGUCAUUCAAUAGUGAAAGACUUAUUAGAAUGAAGGAUUGAAUCAACA